GAGUCUAUAAAUACGUGCGACGUCGUCAAAUCGCCCUGAGUUCGUUUGGAAAGCUGCAUCACGAGCUAUUCUGAACGUCUAUUUUGCUUCUUGCUGUUUCAAUUUGUGGUGUUAAUUACCUAAAUACUUAAUCAAAAUGCGUGAAUGUAUCUCAGUUCAUGUCGGCCAAGCCGGAGUACAAAUUGGUAAUGCCUGCUGGGAAUUGUACUGCCUUGAGCAUGGCAUCCAACCUGAUGGCCAAAUGCCAUCUGACAAGACCAUCGGAGGUGGAGACGACAGUUUCAACACUUUCUUCAGCGAAACUGGAGCCGGUAAACACGUUCCCAGGGCCGUAUUUGUCGACUUGGAACCCACCGUAGUCGAUGAAGUUAGAACCGGUACCUACAGACAAUUGUUCCACCCAGAACAGCUCAUUACCGGCAAAGAAGACGCCGCCAACAACUACGCCCGUGGUCACUACACCAUCGGCAAAGAAAUCGUUGACUUGGUUUUGGACCGCAUCCGUAAAUUGGCCGAUCAAUGUACCGGUCUCCAAGGUUUCCUCAUCUUCCACUCCUUCGGCGGUGGUACCGGCUCCGGUUUCACCUCUUUGUUGAUGGAAAGAUUGUCCGUCGACUAUGGAAAGAAAUCCAAACUCGAAUUCGCCAUCUACCCAGCUCCCCAGGUCUCCACUGCUGUAGUGGAGCCCUACAACUCCAUCUUGACCACCCACACCACCCUGGAACAUUCUGACUGCGCCUUCAUGGUUGACAACGAAGCUAUCUAUGACAUUUGCAGACGUAACUUGGACAUUGAACGCCCGACCUACACCAACUUGAACAGACUUAUCGGCCAAAUCGUAUCUUCCAUCACCGCCUCCCUCAGAUUCGACGGCGCCCUCAAUGUCGACUUGACUGAAUUCCAAACCAACUUGGUACCCUACCCACGUAUUCACUUCCCUCUCGUCACCUACGCCCCAGUAAUCUCCGCCGAAAAGGCUUACCACGAACAACUCUCCGUCGCCGAAAUCACCAACGCCUGUUUCGAACCGGCCAACCAGAUGGUGAAAUGCGACCCACGUCAUGGAAAGUACAUGGCCUGCUGUAUGUUGUACAGAGGAGACGUUGUACCAAAGGACGUUAACGCCGCCAUUGCCACAAUCAAGACCAAGCGUACCAUCCAGUUCGUCGACUGGUGUCCAACCGGUUUCAAAGUUGGUAUCAACUACCAACCACCAACUGUUGUUCCAGGUGGUGAUUUGGCCAAGGUACAACGUGCCGUCUGCAUGUUGUCCAACACCACCGCCAUCGCCGAAGCCUGGGCUCGUCUUGACCACAAAUUCGAUCUGAUGUACGCCAAACGUGCUUUCGUCCACUGGUACGUAGGAGAAGGUAUGGAAGAAGGUGAAUUCUCUGAAGCUCGUGAAGAUUUGGCCGCUCUCGAGAAGGACUACGAAGAAGUAGGCAUGGACUCCGGCGAGGGUGAAGGCGAAGGUGCCGAAGAAUAUUAAAUGUAACCUGGAUCUUUUGAUUUGAAUAUUAAAAUAAACAACAGGUUCGACUGAA